AUGUCAUUGACCGAGUCAGCUGCCGUCGAUGUGGCUCGCAGUGCAUCGCUCGCCUCUCGCCGACUUGCGAUUCUUCCCAAUGCAGCCCGGAAUGAAGCCCUAACAGCUCUCCAUGAAGCUUUGGAUCGGAAUCGAGAUUAUAUCCUUGGAGCAAAUGCCAAAGAUGUCGAGGCAGCCAUCCAUGCCGUUAAUGAUGGUAAACUCAAUCACAGUGUCCUGAAACGCUUGGAUUUGGCCCGACCAGGAAAAUAUGACGAUAUGCUCCAAGGAAUCUUGAGCGUACGGGAUUUAGAAGAUCCUGUGGGCAAAAUCACGCUCCGAACCUUGUUGGAUGAGGGACUGACUAUGGAGAGAGUCAGCUGCCCCAUUGGAGUGUUAUUGAUAAUAUUCGAGGCCCGUCCUGAGGUAAACCAACCUCAACCGCCUCGAAGAAGUGUGGCCGGCAUUGUUAACAAAUACCGAACAGGCGGCAAGGAGUCCUUGGAGUCAUUUGUAGCGAUUGCAAAUGUUGUCUCAGAGGCUAUUGCUAGUUCGUCAGUGCCAGUUUCGUCAAUUCAACUUGUCAAGACACGCGACGCCGUUUCGUCUCUGCUUGCCCAAGAUUCGCUCAUUGACCUUGUGAUUCCGCGAGGAUCAAAUGACCUGGUCAAAUUCGUGAAGGACAACACAAAGAUUCCCGUCCUUGGACAUGCUGAUGGCCUUUGCUCUGCGUACGUACAUUUGGACGCUAAUCCGCAUACGGCAGUCAAGGUCAUUGUGGAUUCAAAAACAGACUAUCCGGCGGCUUGUAAUGCCUUGGAAACACUUUUAAUCCACGAAGACAUUUUGGACACAAUCUUUCCCGCUAUUGCAACUGCUCUUAUUGACAAGGGGGUUUCUCUCCGCUGCGAUGAGGCUUCAAGAAGUGCAUUGUUGAAAUCUUUGUCUCCCACUCAAACAGCCCAAGUGCAACCCAGUACAAAUACCGACUAUGAAACAGAGUUCUUAGACUUGGUGUUGGCUGUCAAGACCGUUCCUUCUGCUGGGUCUUGGACCUCUGCCGUUGAAGCUGCUAUCGCCCACAUAAAUGAGCAUUCAUCCAAGCAUACUGAUAUCAUCUUGACCGAAUCUCGAGAACUGGCAAAUAUGUUCAUGGGUGGCAUCGAUAGUGCUGGAGUUUACUGGAACGCAUCCUCUCGAUUCGCCGAUGGAAUGCGCUACGGUUUUGGAACAGAGGUGGGGAUUAGUACCAACAAGAUCCAUUCUCGAGGUCCAGUCGGUCUCGAGGGAUUGACUAUAUACAAGUAUUUGAUUCGAGGCGAUGGGCAUGUAGCUGGGGACUAUCAUGAUGGCGUUGGAGGGAAGAAAUAUGCCCAUACCCCCUUACCCUUCUAG